AUUGAUUAUUUUUAAAAGGCAAAAUCCCUCUAAAGGAGAAAAAAAAUAGAGAAAGAAAAGAAAGGGCCCCGGCGGGGAGGCGAAUUUGCAUUGCAGCCCGAUCGAUCUGUAACAAUGGAUUCUCGCCAUGCUUCUCUCGGUCGACGAACGCUGGAGGAAAUUCGCCAAAAGAGGGCUGCGGAGAGAUUGAGCAAAACCUCUUCUGGACCAGAUCUCACCAAAGUUCCCACCACCUCCGAGAUUGUGGGAAUCAACAAGUCCGACAGCGCAAAUAGACUCUCUGAGUCAGACAUUGGUGCUCUGCUAUCUCAAAUAAACCAUCUGCAAAGGAAGAAUGCUGACUUGGAGGACGAUAACACCAAAAUAACUUUAAAGCUUCAAACGGUGGAAAUUGAUAAUGCUGCAAUGCGCAAACAGUUGAAUGAUCUGGAGCAAAGUACAGUGCCAUCACUCAGGAAAGCACUCAAGGAUGUUGCAAUGGAAAAAGAUGCUGCAGUUGUUGCACGAGAGGACCUUUCAGCACAGCUUCGUACCCUGAAGAAACGGCUUAAGGAAGCAGAAGAUGAGCAAUAUCGUGCUGAAGAAGAUGCAGCUGCAUUGAGAGCGGAAUUAAACUUAAUUCAGCAACAGACAAUGAAUGAUACAGUUAGCACAAUUUCAUCCCUUGGUACUCCACCAGACCACCUUCAAAGAUUAGAAAAGGAGCUAGGUGCUUUGAAGUUGGAACUACAGCGAGAGUCACUGUUGAGGCAUCAGGGGCAGGAACAAUUGGCAACAGAGCAAACCCGCAUUGCAUCACUGAUGUCUGAAAAGCAGGAGUUGGAAGAGAAACUUAACUCCAUGUCUAGAGAGGCUGCAGAAGCCUCCAAUAAAGCAGCUCACAAGGCAUUAUCUUUGGAAGAGAAGCAGAAACUUGAUAAGCAGUUGCAUGAUAUGGCCUUGGUUGUUGAGAGGUUGGAAAGCAGUAGGCAGAAACUUCUAAUGGAGAUUGACUCGCAAUCUACAGAAAUAGAGAGGCUUUUUGAGGAAAAUUCUAAUCUCUUGAACUCAAACAAAGAGGCAAUUGAAGCAGCAGCAAGAUGGGAAAAUCAGGUGAUGGAGUGUCUUAAGCAAAAUGAAGAGCUCCGCGGGGUUCUAGAUAAACUGAGAAUGGAACAGGCUAGCGGCUUGCCAGACUCCUUUAAAAAUGGGGGACAUGAGAUUGGUUCCUCAACAUCCACAGGAGAGAUGGCAUCUUUGAAGGGCCAACUUGUGAAAGAACAGAGCAAAGCAGUGGCACUAUCAGCAGAAGUCAUGCAGCUUUCUGCUCAACUUGAACAAGUCAAACAAGCAUAUGAUGGUCUUUCACGCUUCUAUAGGCCAGUGCUGCGCAACAUUGAAAGUGGGCUCAUAAAAAUGAAGGAAGACAGCCCGUUAGCUGUACGAUGAUGGCAAUGAGCAGUUUCAUGCUGAUUCUCUGGUUAUGAUUGUGAAGACAUGAAUUUGAAAUGUGUAACAGGAUUCUUUUAUACCAUUGUUAAUAUAAUUCGUUUCAUGCAAACGAAGCAAGAUGGGUUCUGAAACUGGUGGUGAUGGCAAUGAGCAGUUCUGUAACAAUGCUCUGUAUGGGAAGCCCUUGUUAUAAAGAGCGUAUACAUAGAAAUUAGUAAUAUGUAACAUAUGUCAUUCUUUAUACCAUUAUUAAUUUGUAAACACAAGGUCUAUCAAUCCGGAAGGAUAUUUUGAUAUGAUAGUUUUGUAUAAACCAAAUUUAGGUCGAGAGAGUUGUGAUGAAACCAUUUUUCUUGCA